AUGGAGAAACAAACAUUCUUCCCCUUGGUCGUCACGGUUCUCCUUUCGUUGUUGGUUGCAGAAAAAUCCUCCGGCAGCUUUUUCUCCUCGCUACAAUUCACCCGUGAUGCCCUGCUGGAUUUUUCGCGAGGUUCACAAAGAACUGUAGAUAUUAACCUUGAAUCAAAGAAUACGACGAGGAUGGUCAAUAAGACGUAUGUCUUGAUAGAAAGUCAAGCAAACGGCAUCGGUGAGACCUCACUCAGUGUAAAGAAAGUCGAUGAAAGUGUGAUGAAGACUACGACCAAUGCUUUUACUACAAUCCCAUCUGACAAAAUCAAAGAUUCGUUAGAUCCCUCAAUGAGAAAGGACUUGCCAAAGGAUCUACUAAUGACAUUUAGUGACAAAAGUGGAGUACUGGAACCCAUAAUACUCGUGCCAGUCAAGGAAAAAGUAAUAAUCAACCAGACAAAACGCGAAGUGUACAAAUCGCGUACUUCUCCAUCGAACAAGUUUAUGAAGGCCAUCAACGACAUCGAACUAGCAGAGGCAAAUGCAAACGCCUUAGGAGUCAAGUAUAGCUACGCUACCCUGGCUAAACUAAAGGGUCUUGUUGAAAAAGCAAUACGGAGCAAGAGUUAUAUAUAUGCUAGAGAGGUAAGAUAACUCGAAAAUUAAUUGCGGAUAGGGGUUAACUAGGGAACAGAGGAAAGAGUAAGGAAGCUUUUUUAGUUCACACGCCUUCUAAAUCAUUCUGAACAGGCAGAGCUGUGUAAAUUAAGGUGAAGAUAGAAUUUCUUGAACGUAUUUCUGCUAAAGCUAUGCAAAAAGCUGCAAAAAUAGUACCGUGUGAAGCUUGUUGUGCAUGUUACUUAAAUUCGGGAAGUAAGACUAGUCAUUUCAGUUUGGCCAGGAACCAUUCAAGCUAAACCUCGGUAUUAAGCAGUACUUUCACAAGGUAUUUUAAAAAGUGCAGUGAAGAUAGCGAGAUCUUUAAAUGAAAGUCUACCCAAGCUGACUUCAUACGACUGGAAAGGUGAUAUUCUGCACUCUUUUAAAAAUCAGAUUCUCUUCCUGUAAAUUUAAACAUUUUCAGAUCGUCGGAAAGAUCAUGUAUUUACUGAGCACUAAGGCAAAAUCGUCAAGUCGGAAAAAGAGAAGCUCAACAAGUGAGGGAAAGGCAUUUCUUCAAGAUCUUCGUAAAAAGGUCGGUGGUGCUAAAUUUGAUAGCUUUUUGGCUGUGCAAGGCGAUGUAGGUCUUAUGUUUGCCAUAGAUGAUACAGGAAGCAUGCACGAUGAAAUCCAAGCGGCAAAAAAGAUCGCAAAAGAUAUCAUCAACUAUAAGCGGAGGUUCCCUAUCACGGAGUACAUCUUGUCACCAUUUAACGACCCCUAUCCAUGUGAGUAAAAUACUGGUUUUUAGGUCGUCCAGUCGUGUCGUCUGUUGUGCUAUUUGAGUACUAACUUUUUUCGGUGUUGCAGUAACAGCACUGGGCAUCCACAAAAAUAUAUCGCCCAAUAUGCACACGGGUCAAUGUUAAAUAAUCUUUUGUAAAAUUAUCUGUAGUGUAUUAGAUUGUCGUCCUUUUUUUGUUUCAGAACUAAAAUUUUGAGCGAUGUUGACGGAUUUUGAGUUCGCCGUUUACUGUGCCUCUCCGCAGUAAACGGCAAACUCAAAAUCCUACAGAACUGCAUCAAAUACCAUUUCUGAGACAAAGAAGGACAAUUUACAUUAAAUUCCUACGGUACAACGUUUUUUUUUCGCACUGGUAAAUGCACAUAUUUAGCCACAUAUCGCUAUAUAUACAUAUGAAGCAAACGAAUCCAAUAGGCCAUUUACCAGUUAUUCCAAGCCUCUGUUUCAAAGCGAGGCUAGGUGCGAAGCUGUUGAUAUGAAAAUAACCUUUUAUUUUCUUGCUUGUAAAACUUAUUUUCACAAAAAUGGUUUUGCACUUAGCCUCGCUUUGUAAGGGGGGAUUUUGUAGCCAGUUCCAGGCUCCGAGAUAGUCAGGUCCGCUGAAUUGAGAAAGCGCGAACACGAAAAUGAAACGCCCGGCCAACUUUUUGCGUGCCUUUUCCUUUCACGUCGUCAGUCCACACUAUCUGAGGGCCUGCAACAGGCUAGGGAUUUUGGAACUCAGAAAUGGAUUAUACAUGUACUAUAAAAUAAAAACUCGGAACAAACGGUUACAAACAGAUUUCAUGGGCUUCCUAUGUAGCAGUAUAUUUAAUGACAAGGGAGUGUUUGGUUCGUUGUCAGAGGUCGACACAGUUUGUCAUUUUUUUAUCUAUAUUUUAAUUCCGGUAGAUCCAACAAAUGCCGAUCCGGUGAUUGUCAAGAACGAAACUGAAGCUGGAGAGUUUGAAAAAGAAAUAGAAAAACUCAGGGCCCAUGGCGGCGGAGAUUGCCCAGAGUACACGUUUGAGGGAAUGCGUGGAGCACUAAAUGAUCUGCAAGUGAAUGGUUCUCCUUUGUAUGUGUUUACUGACGCAGGACCGAAGGAUGCAACAGAGGCGGAUAUUGAGGAAGUCAAGACGAUAGCUAAGGAACGUGGCGUAGCUAUUAACUUUUUGACCACAGGUAUAAUUAGAGGAGAAUUCUUGAUUUUUGGCCUUAAAUUAACCACAUACUAAUUUUUUUAUGGCUGACUUCUCGAGCGGGCAAGAGGAAGCGAAUCUUGAGUUCUGAUUGGCUAUCUGAGUGCAAGGCUCGUUAUUUCCCCCUUUGGGCCCGCAGCAAAAAAUAUAAUAAAUCGGUCAUUGGCCAAGCUUGGAGAGUAAGAGAGUAUUUUGCCUUUCAUGUGCUUCAUGCUAGCUAAGAAAAGUUUAUCUUAACUUCAGCUUCUUAAAAUGUUUUAAGGUUAUUGUCGCAGUCGAGGUUACAGCUCGCGCGAUCCAAGAAAUCUUCACCCAGCCUUCCUAGAUCUGGCUAAAAGCACUUCUGGUCUAGCCAUCAUGUUUAACAACGCAGGGGAAUUGGAUCAAGUGACCAAUUUGACAAUCGGGACAUUGGAGGGUGAUACUAUCGUAUCUACCGGCUCAAACAAGACGAGCAGAAAAAAGAGGAGUUCUGCUGGAUUAACUGGCAGUCGAUAUACCAUUCCUGUUGAUGACUCUAUUGAAAAGAUGUCUGUAACCAUAAAUACUGCUACAGAAGGUACGCGAUACUUGUUGGGCAAUUGUAAAUAUGAAUAAACAUUUAAAAUAAUCAUUAUUAACGCGAACUGUCCGGGAUCAGGAGCUACUAACCCAGAGCGAGAUACUUGUUUCCUCGGGCAGGUUCAUUUAGGGCACUUUUUCCCACGAAAAUGGAAGCCUAGCUGGGUUCGAAGUAUAAGACAUCCACAACGAGGGUAACUAAACGUCAUUAAAAGGUCACUAAUACCCGCGAUUUUUCAGGUCUGUAUGUUUUGCUAGAUGAUUGGUCAAACUUUUCAAAAAGUAUUCUAAAUUCGCGCCAAAAUCGUUCUAAAAAUAAACUCGUUCCUGAAUUAGUAAACCAAAUUUCUCAUUCAUAUGAUCAAACAGUUGCUUGUGACGUCAUGGCACAUAGAACCCUAAUUUGUCAACUGCUGAAAGACAGCAAGCAAUUGACCACUUUAGAAUCAAAAAGUGAACUGGAGCCUAAAUGUGCCCCGCAAUUGUUUCUGGGAUCGGUACUGAGGACGCGCUGGUCAGCUAUUGGCCAAUAUCUUCCCCUGUCCAUAGUAACUGUCCCAGAAGUCUUUGCGAAAGUUUCCUUCUCGUUUCCAAAGACGGGAAUUGGUGAUAUGGUGGCUCUAUGUAAAUGAACGGCUGUUAACGUUUUUGGUAUCAGCUAGCAGCAUCCAUAAAUCAUUAGUAAGCGAGACUGCUCCUUGGUUAGUGCUUCACCAACCCUUUUUCACCCUGGUCCACACUAGAGUCAAGUGUAUCUUCAGGAGCCGAGUAAUAGGUUUAAUUCCUUCUUUCUUAUCGUCCUUACAGGGCGUGGAAUCGUCUUAAAAAAUGCGGACAGCGUCGAAAUAACGUCUGGAAAACUUAGUUUGUCACAUAUUACCAUCUAUGAAAUUACCAAUCCUAGGAAAGGAACCUGGACCCUAACCGUGCCAGGUAGUAAUGGUGAUCAUGAGUUCUCUGUCAAGUCAAGCAGCGACACUAACGUAGAUUUCGAUCAUUACUUCCUGAUUAAACUUUCUUGGCACAGACGGCCUACUGAAGUUCCCAUUUCGAAUCCAGUUGUUGGUAAGCCAGUCUCAUUUCUAGAAGAGUAGAUAAAAUCUUCUCAAUUUUGGGAGGAGGCAUGGCUUCCUCUUACUUUUAUCUUAACUAUUGUUCUAGUGAGGUUUUCAGCUUUCAAGAGCCCAAUAUACGAAAGAGCUAUCCUAAAACGCAUCUUCUCCGUAUUGUUUUCACUUUUUGACUUAAUUUUUAGGGGUAAUCAUGCUAAAUGUAGAAAAUGACCAUAAAGAAGUACUCUAAGCCCCCAAUGGUAAUCGAACCAUGAGUUUUCAGUUGAAGGUACAAAAUUGAUCUUUGGUUGACCCUUUGUUAGAUUUUGGUAUUUUCUUAACCGCAUACUUUCUUUUUUUCUUUUAGGAAAGUUAAACAAAAUCAUAAUUUCUGUAGCUGGAUCAAAAAAACUAGACAACAGUUCCAUGAGACUGCAACUCGUAACCACAGAGGGAAAAUAUAUCAGUGACCUCAUCCUUCAGCCACAAAGCCAAGGUCGUUUUCUGGUCGACUUUAAUGCCCAUGCGAAUGGCCGACCAUUUAAGCUUAAACUGAAGGGCACGACACAAAAAGGUUACCCUUUUGAGAGAAUUUCCCAUAAAAUCCACAAAACAACCACGGCUGUUCUAAGGGGAACUUACGCAAGCAAUUAUUACACCCUUCCUUUGGGCAGAACCACAUUUAUUCGUUUUCAACUGUGCAACUUUGGGGCCACUGAAACUUUUGAUUUUCUUGUCGCAAAGGACACACGGCGUUAUGUUUUCCAUCGUCGCCUGACUCCCAAACGCGUAAUAAAAGGCCGUUGUAAAUACAUCUCUAUUUUCGCCAAAGCUACUCGUUCUGAAGACGUGGGGAAGACAGAUACAGUUUUCAUUAUCCUCAAGGGUCGAAUCUCAAGAACUGUUAUCUCGGAGACAGUUCAUCUGCUUGUUGACAAUUAA